AAACGUUGGUGAGAAAAGGAAAAAAAGGGUAAAAGUGCAAAAAGUUCAACAGCGAAGAAUAAUAACGUCGAUUUCACUUCAAUACAUGUCAUCGUUGGUUAGUGUGACAGUGUGUAUUUUUCGCAGCUUCCGUACUAAUGACCUGACCUAUUGGCAAUUGAAGGUGAAAAAUAAAACUGGCAUCUUGAUUCUUGCAUCAUUGACGCAACGAUGUUUGUUAACAAAAAAAACAGCUUGCCACCCAGGCCUCAAGUGCCAAACCAUGAACACAUACUGGAAGACCUCGAGAAGGCUGGGGUGGACGACGUAGCGUUCAAGAUCAUAAAUGAUUUGUGUGUGAAAGAUGGUUCGAUGGAUAGUAAUAGCUCUGAUAUAUACAAAAAAGUGAAAACCUACUUAAAUACCAAACAGCAAUUGAAGCAGCUGGAAAGCACCUUGAAGAAAGAAGAACAACAAAUGCACACAGAUAACGAAGAAAUAAAGAGGCUCGCGGAUGACAUUAGGAAGCAGGCAGAAGCAGCUCUGGUAACACAUUAGAGAAAAUAAAUUCACACUUGCGAGAGUAUACUAGUCAUUAUGAUGUUGUUUUAAUAAUUGAUUUAUCAUAUCAAAUAGAAAUUAUGUUACGCUUGUAUAAUUUAUUCUGCAAACUUUUAAUCCAUUGUCAAUCUUCAGCUAGCAUAAAUUCUAUUUAUACCUUUUUCUAAAGUUUCUUAAAUAGACGAAUUUAUCUUUUUGUAUAAAAAUAAUUUUUAAAUUGAUAAUUCAUCGCAAAUAAAUUUAACUCGUAUUUAUGUGUAAAAAACAUUUACUUAUCCAUCAAAUAAUUGUAUCAUAAUAUCGUGUAUAAUAUUUAAUGAUAAAAUCUCGGUCGAUAAUCUUUUUAUGUUCUUAACAUUGAAUACAUACAUUUGCGUAUACAUGCUCAUGUGUACUGGUACGCUGAAUAGUACACGAUUACACAUUUCAUUGGUACAUUAAUGAUAUGUAAUAUUUCAUAGAACAAUCCCAACGAAACUUAUAUGACAAGGCACAAUAACAACUUAAUGUCUAGCACUACUAAUAGUAGUAGUUACGAUAAUUUAUAAUCUAUCACAUUCAUCAUAUUGAUCAACAUUUAUAAAGAUUUAUGAUUUCCCUUCACUUGUUGUAUGUAAAAACUUACAUAUUACUCUCUUAUAUUGUAUCUUGUAUACAUGUAUUAAAGAUAUGUGAAGUGGCUCAUUAUUAAGAGGAACCAUACGAUAGCUUUGGUCAUUCAAAGAGUUAUUAAAAGUUGCACUACGUUAUAUAUUUGAUCGAAUAUGGUAAAAAAAAAGUAGAGAAUUAUAUUUUGUUAAAUAUUUUUUUGUAACAAACAGCUCGUAUUUUAAUUUUCUUAUGAAAACUCGCUCUUUAUUUGAAUUUUUUUAUAACUCUUUGAAUAAGAGAGAUUAUCGAAUGUUGCCUGUUAAGCGUGUGGCUAUCUUUUCAUAUGUGUAAUUUAUAUCUUAUACAAUAAAAAUAUAUUGUUACAAUUAA